CGCCCCGCGAAUCCGCCGCGGAACUCGAAACUCCCGUCGACAUGCUGGCCGCGAGACACAGAAAUAAGUAUGUUCUGGGAAAGGAGGAAUUUGGAGUGCAGGAAGACUGUUAUUCGAGAGAGCUUCGUUGGAGGUCGAUAAUCUGCGACACCGGUGUAAUGAGAUUUCUCGGGAAAAGCGGGCAAGUGUCUUCUUCGAAUGACACGGAUUCCCGGAAGAGGAGUCUUUUUUCCAAGGACGGAUGUCGUCAACUGGAACGACAAUAAGUUUGCGUCACUGGAUGAACGAUUGCACAAUGAAGCAUUCGGUUAAUGGGUAUUCGCGCAUGCGUCUGUUGCACUGUUGCUCUCGCACUUUAAGCCUUGCACCAGAGGCAGCGUCUCUGUCCCGCAGCCGUUCUCCGUUGUGUUUUCGUCGAGCUUUCCGUGUGGUUUAAUGUCUCUGGUGUUUUCCGAGGUCGGGAACCACGUAUGCCGGUGAAUUCGGCUGCCAGACGGAGCACCUUCGAGAACCGAGUAGCCACGAGCGAACGAUCGAGGGCUCGACUCACGAUGCAGUACCCGAACAUCGAUAUACAAGAGGGAAGAAGACUGCGUAGCGUGCGGAGGAGACUCUUUCAGGACGACGAUGACGAUAACGAGACGGAAUCGGGACGAAAUUCUGGCGUCGAGGACAACUUCGCGAACUGCUUUUUCGAGGAGGCUCGAAAAAAUCGGGAGAAUGCCAAGGAGAGGUGGAAUUUCGAUUUCGAGAAGGAAGAACCUCUGCCUGGACGUUACGCAUGGGUGAAGCUCGACCAACACGGAAAUGAAAUUUGUAAACCGUUGGAGGCGAGCAAUCGAAUAGAGAAUUUGCAAACGAUGCAGGAAGAGGACAUGCAGGACGAUGACGUUACCAUGCAGGAUCAUGCGGAGGACAAAGACGACGAGAAAAUGACGGACAGUACGUAGGACGUGACUGCGAAACAGAUUGCUCACUCUGACAAUUUUUUCCUCUUUAAAAAACGAUUCCUUUCUUUUGCCAAACGGAAACGCGAAACUACAAAAUUGACUGAAUCGGAGUCGGCGUGGAUCGAGCAGACAUUGCAAAGUUGUCGAUCGAGGAAGGCAUUGAUUCGACUUCUAGUCAGAAUAGACACGACUCGGUGUCUGGAGAGCUAGUAAACCAAAGUUACGUAUCUCUUUUUAUUUUUAUUUGAAUUACUGAAAAAUUUUGACUCGUAAUGACAAUUCGAAGGAGAAUGUCAUGUGUCGUGAUAUUUGUUAUCGUAUUAUUUAUCCUGAUUUUAUACCAUUUUACACGAUUAUUUAAUAUUUAUUACUCAACGUGCAAUACACGUGAUUAGCGAACGAAUGAUAUUACGAUGCGAAUAAAUUAUACAAAGCGACUUUGUACUUUUUAUAGA